CACACGAGAAUCUACAAAAUGGCGCAGUUGAUUCCAAAAAGAGUUAUGCUGUGACUCUUCCUUUAUUUUGUAGAAAUAAUAACAGAAAAUGCAAAAUAUUAAUAAAAUUGUAAUACGGAGUAUGGCCAGAAGAGCAAGAACCAUUAAAUCAAAAGACCAAAGGCGGAUAGCCGUUACAACUAAAGCCAACCAAAAAAUCGAUGCCAUAUCAAAAGGGGAUCGAGAAAUUGUUAUAGGAAGCAGCAAUACGCAUGAAAGUGUACACCACAGUGCAGAUGCUUCAACUUUUGAAAAUCUCAAGUUGCGAACUGAUGUCUCACAGGGAUUGGAAUGUUUGAAAAUAACCCAACCAACUAUUAUUCAAAUGCUUGCUAUUCCUCUGAUAAUGGAAGGAAAAAAUAUUUUCUGCGCUGCACAAACAGGUUCUGGAAAAACCGUUGUUUAUGCUGCUCCAAUUAUUCAUAAAUUAAAAAAUCAAGUCGAUGAAGGAUUUGUGAAACGAUUGAGUCGUCCAAGAACUUUGGUUAUAGCACCAGCCAGAGAACUUGCUCUUCAGAUACUCUCUGUGUUCAAAUCACUUAGUCAUUUCGCGCCAUUUCGUUCUGUUGGUUUGAUUGGUCAAAAACAAAAGAAAUGGACACGUGAUUACAUGAAAGGUGUUGUGGAUAUUGUUGUAGGGACGCCGUCAACAGUUUUAAAAUAUCAACAAAAAGGAUUGCUGAAUCUUGCUGAUCUGCAGUAUCUUGUUGUUGACGAAGCUGACACACUAAUGGAUGACAAUUUCUUCGAAUCGACAGACGCUAUUUUAAAUCAUUGUCACUUGCACGAACGCCAUGCGGAAAUCAUGAAGCCGCCUGUCCAAUGUAUUCUUGCAGCUGCCACCUUGCCACCAAAGGGGGUUUUAAGCGCAUACAGAAAGCUUAUACCCAAUUUAGAAGUUUGCCAAUCCAACCUACACAAAGUGUUACCUCAUGUGAACCACAAGUUCGUUAAAACUACACAAAAAGAGAAGUUUGACCUUUUGCUGUCAAGACUGAAGAUGAUCUUCCGACACGACGCCGACAAGUGUAUCAUAUUUUGUAAUACAUCAAAAUCAUGCAACUGGGUAUCUCUCAAGUUAAACGAGAACAAUGUGAAACAUUCGAAAUUACAUGGAAACAUGAACCCACAGACUCGAUUUAAAGAUUUUGAGAAUUUCUUUUCUGGAAACCACAGAGUUUUGGUAUCCACUGACAUAGCAUCAAGGGGACUGGAUACUACUGACGUGACAUUAGUGAUAAAUUAUGACUGUCCGUUCAACACGUCGGAUUAUAUUCAUCGUUCUGGAAGAACUGGGAGGGCGAGACAACUGUAUGCCGGAAAAGCAGAAGUGCUGACUUACAUGACGCAAAAUAAAGAAGUUAUUUUCGCGCACAAAAUACAAAAAGCAGCCGAAAGAAACGAAGAAUUGCAUGAUGUAAAGAUGAAACAAAAUUCUCCAAAAGAUAAUUAUUUAAAAAACAUGAAAAAAUAUCACGACACGAAAGAAAGUGAAGCCAGUCAAGUUGGAACGUAGUAAUAGGGAAGGAUUAUUUGCGAAGUGGAAUAUACUACGAUGUAUAAAGUUUAUGCGAUUUUGCUUCCUUGGCAAAAUUAAAAUAAAUUUUGCUAAAAAUUGGACGAUGUUCUGUGGAUAUUUGGUUCUUUUUACACAAACGAAAUUCUUGUUUUUGAUGUAUUACACGAUAUAAAUGAUUCACGAACAUUUCUCAACAACAAUACAAUGUUGUUAAAUCGA